UUCCCUCAGAUGAAGUUUUUACUUCUGCUGGUGAUGCUGACAGCAUGUGCUGCUGUUCCUCAAGAUCUUUCAGGUAAAAUGUUCACCUUCCCACAACAGACCAGCACCGCUCACGUGAGACUGAGUACAACAAGAGUGGAUUUCCGUGCUGUGACUGUCUGUCUCAGGAGUUUUACAGACCUCAGCAGAGCUUACGGUCUGUUCUCUCUGGCCACACCGUCUGCUGCAAAUGACUUCCUGCUUUUCAAGACGGCUACAGCCAAUCAGAUUUAUGUAUAUGCCAGAAAUGCUGAUGCACUAUUUGAUGGUCAGGAAUACACACUGAACGCAUGGCUGUCUGUCUGUGCCACCUGGGACUCUGCGUCCGGACUGGGACAGGUGUGGCUGAAUGGAAAGCCCAGUUCCAGGAAAUUCACCAAAUCUGGAUCAAACAUCAAAGGACGCACCAUCAUUACCUUAGGACAGGAGCAGGAUUCUUAUGGUGGAGGAUUCGAUGCCAAACAGUCUUUUGUUGGCAUGAUCUCUGAUGUCCACAUGUGGGACUAUGUCCUCUCACCCUGUGAGAUCAGCCGCUACACGGACAACAUCAACUUCACGCCGGGGAAUGUGCUCAACUGGAGGGCGCUUGACUUCCAGAUUACAGGCAGAGUGCUGCUGGAAGAAAAACAAAAUAUCUGUUACUAAAUAUUACAGUCUUACCAUAUUUUUAUUUUUAUCAGUUGAAAGUGUCCACCAUUUUUGCUUAAGACAUUCAGAGUGAGUGAUUUUAUUUUCAAAAGAUGUGCAGGUCUCUUACGUUAGUCAUGUCACUUGUUAUGGUAACUGGAAUAUCAAUUGUCUCACUCUUUUCUAAACAUCCCGUCAGCGGUUUCUUGAGAAAACUGUUCAGGUCAGGCUGGCAGUUUUCGCAAUAACCUUUCAUUGUGAGACACGAAGUGCUGAAUAUAUCCAUCAUACAAUCUUGACAACCUUAAAUUUGAACUGACCUGAAAACUAUUUUGCAUUGUUUCACCGUCAAACAAAUAUUGUAGGAAAAAUGUGACUUCUCCAAUUCACAGCUUCUUGACUUGCGUCACUUGUUUCUCUGAUUAUCAAGCAUUACUUAGAGUUCACGCUCCCAGCUUGUAUGCACCAAUGACAACAAAGCAAUUGAUACAUGAAUAAAUGAUUAAACAUGAUUAUUAAAA